CAGGUUAUUUACAAGCUUCCAGAACGUACCCCUAUCAUUUCAUUAGUGGCCGUGAAACAUCGCACACAAGACAAUACAUGUCAGAGAAGAAUAGAGUGAAUGGCAGUGCAUUCCUCAAAACGUCUGAACUCCAGAUGUUUUUUCUGAGUCUUGGUGCAGUUACUAAAUGCGCUGUAGAAAACAUUUGCAGCAUCUCCUGGUCUCUUCUGACAAAAACAACGCCUCUUUCAGGAGAGGUCCAAAGCAGGAAAGUUCUGUGUAAUCAUCGGUAAGAGAUUCCGGCAUCCGUGAUUCACGCCUCUUACUCCACCCACACAGAAUCAUAUCCAAUAAACAGUGAGGCCCUACCAGAAGCUCCGUGCCUUAUUAGGUACUUUUAUAUAUAUUAUGUCAUUUGGUCCACAAAAAAAGAUCUUUGGCCUGAAACCCAAAUAAUAUUCGUACAUUGCAAAUUGGUUGAAAUAAAAGGAACUCUAACAGUAGUUUGAUGUGGUGUUGGAGUGAGUGAGUCGGACACUACGUGGUGCAUGAUGGGAAGUACCCUUUCAAUUCCGUGGGUGCCCUGAUGUCCUAAAUUUAGGAGAAUUUACUCUAUAUAUCUAGGAGGAAAAAAUAAUAGUGAAAAAGAAGGAGCACAAUUAUCCUCAGCCUUAGAGGUCUGACACAGCGUCCUGUGGAAUAAAUACCUCUCUAGAGCAAGUGUGUUGGCAUGGACUAAAACAAGGGGACUGUCUGAAUGUGGAAAACCACAAGCCUGUUCUGCGGACGAGAGGACCAAUGUGAGGAGUCCAAAUGAAACUAUAAAACAAAGUAAUUUCUGAACUGCUACUUAUCAUGUGUCGUAAGUAUUUCAGUGUCAGCCAAUCAGAGGCCCACUGAGGAACAAAUUUAAACCAAAACAAGGAAGGUAUGUUAAGAAUUGUAUAAAUAGCAGCUGGUCAGGAGAUAUAAAAGGCCUGACAUAGAAGUCACCACCAAAACUCCUACCAGAAACCCAAACCCCGACACCAUGGCCUGCUGCACCACCAGCUUCUGUGGAUUCCCCAGCUGCUCCUGUGGGCCCUGUGGACCCAGCUGCUGCCAGCCCUGCUGCUGCCAGCCCAGCUGCUGCCAGCCAACCUGCUGUGGAACCGGGUGUGGGACCAGCUAUGGCACUGGCUGUGGCACUGGCUGUGGCCAGGGUUGUGGCUGUGGAGCUGUGAGCUGCCGCACCAGGUGGUGCCGCCCUGACUGCCGUGUGGAGGACACCUGCCUGCCCCCCUGCUGCGUUGUGAGCUGCACCCCCCCAACCUGCUGCCAGCUGCACCACGCCCAGGCCUCCUGCUGCCGCCCGUCCUACUGUGGACAGUCCUGCUGCCGCCCCGCCUGCUGCUGCUACUGCUGUCAGCCCGCCUGCUGCCAGCCCACCUGCUAAAGCCAGGUUGCUGAUUCCCAAUGGACUGGGACACAGUAUCUGAACAACUUAUCUCCUCGACACCCCGUGGACCACUAACAAGUUCUUAAACCUCUAUUUGGGUUUCUGUUAUGGGAGCUACCAAGUCGAUGCGUUCGCUUUGAUUCCAUUCUACGAUGAAUACCUUGACUCCAUGAUGGACACAGGAGUGCUGUGAACUCACCUGAUGAUCAUCAAAUCGCUUUGGAUCUGCUAUUCCUGACUUCCCUGCAGGGCUGGAAAUUACUGCCACGUUGUGGAUUAUAUCCUUGAGAACUGUCCACAAGUCUAAUUUUCCCCUGCUCUGUGAUCUCUUCUGAGCUUCUGUUUACCUAAGAGAAUUUCCAACAUUAGAGGUGCCAGGUUGUAGCCAAGUGGCAUUCCUCAGAUGUCACCGGAGAGAAUGGAAGCUCUUUACCCAACAUGCAGCUUCUAAGAAGUCGACUAGUCUCUUCCAUAUUUCAGCAUCUGAUUCCAUCCCUUUUUGGGGGGCGGGGAUCAUGGUGACCUUCCCUGUGGGCUAUUUCAAUUAUAUCUGUGUUGCAGUGUCUCCUGUCAUCUCUUAAUAAAUGUUAUUUACGAGGCAAAGAAAUCACGGUCCGUGUUUGCACUUGAACAUGAAAUGAGUGAAUUGCUUAUAGCUCAAAAAUGUCCGCUUGUAAGAAAUACACUUGUUUCUUUUUAAAAAGCAACUGAAGCCACAUACAGUGUAUUCGUUCAAUAAAAAUGUAUUGACCACCACGUCUCAGGAAGGGACUAAGGAAAUAAGGAA